AUGUCAUCAACGCAGUGUAAGGAGUGCAGGGCAGAGAAUUUAUUUGUGGUGGAUGAAAAGGAGGGGAAUAUAGUGUGCACAGGCUGUGGGCUGGUGCAAGUAUUGAUAUUAAAAUUAAUUACUUAUAGAGAUGAUUCUGUAGGUCAGUGGGAUACUGCUCACUGCUAUUAACGCUUCGCUGCUUACUCACAAGUUCAGCACGGCUUGAACUGUGUGCUCCUUCACUUGCUACCUGAAGUGAGAGAUGCUGGAUCAUUAUGCCACGCGCCAAUGCAGGUUUACCUUCGGAAAAAUCGAUUUUUCGAAUUUGCUGGUCGCCUUCAACCAAGGUAAAAACUUGAAGCCUAGAACAUAAUGCCUACUAUACUGCUAAGCAGGCCUAAUGGAUGUCCCAGACAGUCCUGGACUCCAUUUUCCACCUUUCCGCAAAGAAGAAAAAUGGGGAUAAUUCCGCAACACCAAUAAAUUGACAAAACCCCACCGGAUUACCAUCUUUUACAUCUUUCUCCUUUUCGCAAGGUCCCUGGGCUCUAAUUCAGAAAUAGAAGGAAUUGUGGACUCACCACACCAUUUUAAUGUAUAUGAGCUGGUGCAAGCACUGAGAAUUAUUGAUGAUACUUCAGAAUGAAGAAAUCUUACAGAAGAAGAUGGGAGUAAAGGAAGUGAUCCUAGAAGAGUAGGAAUGCCUAAUAAUGAACUUUUAGUAGGAAAAGGACUUUGCACAGUCAUUUCCGGUGACCCCUCAAGAGUAGGGCUUUCUAUGUGAAACCAACGAGCUAUCUUGACAGGGAUCGACCGUACCUUAUCUACCGGUUUUCACGAAAUUGAUGAUAUUUGCCACACUUUAAACCUCAGUGACACUGUCGCCGAAGACGCCAAAAAGACUUUCAAAAUUGUGACGACUAAAAAAACCUCCCCUUGCAAAUCCCAUAUGGGCUUAAUAGCUUCAUGUGUAUUUUUAUCUUGCCGAAAAUAUGGAAACCCUAUUCCUAUAAAAGAAAUUGCGUCCCUUUAUAGCCUAAAUAAGAAGGAUAUUCAAAGGUCGUAUUGUAUGAUCAAGCAAAUUAUCCCUGAUAUUGUCAGUACUCAAACAGAAAUCGCGUAUGUCAAAAAAAUUGCCAACGAUUUGAAUUUGCCACAAAUGUUGGUGAAUAAAUGCGCGGUUGUGGCACAAAGGAUUAAGGACAGCGGGAUUAUGGAGGGAAAAAACCCACUGAGCUUGGCAAGUGUGGUAGUUUAUAUGAUGAGCAUUUUGGAAGGAGAAGAUGCGUUCAGCUUUUCUGAAAUAAGUAAAAGCUCGGGUGUGACCACAAAUACAAUAAGAAACUGUUAUAAGCAAAUCUACCCAGAUAGAGUAAAAUUACUCAUAGGAGUAAUAAAUGACUGGGAAAUACAGAAACUUCCCAAAUUGUUAGUUAGUUAUUUAGAAUUAUAAAGAAGUUCGCUAUAAUUCCAUAUGGACUCACCCCUAACGCUUCCCCGCUUGCUCGCCAAUUGCUUCCACAGCAUCGCUAAGGUUGCUCCUGCAAGACGAAAACCUGCACCCGCUACCCGGUAGUCGGGUGGUGAGUUGCGUUACCUUGCCGUACGUCAAAAGGGUUAUCCACCAUUGAAAACCCAAAGGAUUUAAUUUUCUUGUCGACUCUUGGCCAAAAUGGAAAUCCGUAGCCCAGGGGGUAACUUCUAAUUUCAGGCAGACGCAUAGUCGCUUGGCAAGACGAGCGCCAUUGGCUCUGCUGGAGACCCCUUUCCAACUUCCGGACCCAUUUCCCACUGAGGCAAAAAUUUGGCUUUGGAGGAAAGCAUGCGAUUAGCAAACCCGACAUUGGGCUUCGCCAAACCAAAAAAAAAUCGGCCGAAUGCUCAUUCCGAAAGCCAUGCUCCUUUCCUCAAGGUCCCUACAGGAGUUAAGAGGGGGCGGGCUUGUUUCCACUCCAUUUUAAUUUAUGAUACUUCCCAAAUUGUAA